AUGACCCAAGUCCCCGUGCCAAAGCCCCAAGAUGAUCUACAGACCGUUGUAGAGGCUCGGACAAGAGAGUGGCACUUCCACAUCUACUUCCUACUGCAAUCGCCCACUGAAACGGCUGCGGCACUUGCGCUUCGUGAUGCGGUAUUAAGACUUCGUCGUGAUGGUGCCUUUGUGGCCGUUCCGCUGCACAGAGUCAACAAGUAUCCUAUUGGACCUCACCCUGCUGGGUCGUAUGAGAUCUGGGUUCCCGACUCUUCGUUCUCUGACGUAUUCUUCUACUUGGCAUCAAACCGAGGAAAUUUGAGCGUACUUAUACAUCCCCUAACUUCUGAACAACGUCGAGACCACGAGACUCGCAAUGGCUGGCUAGGUACGCCGUGGCCCAUCUACUUAGACGGAUUGCCUCGCGAAAGUGACGAGGUGCCUCUUCAGUAUCCCGAGCUGGGCCUCGGCUGGUCCACCGUGCCAGAAGACGAAAUAUCGCUUGAUGAGAGGAGAAAGAGGGGAGCCAAGGUCGAGGCGCUUUUGGCUAAUGACCCUGAGGCGGCCCCUGCUCCUCAAGAUUGA